AUGCACACGAAAAUCUAUGUUUUUCCAGGGGAGAUUGACAGCGUCAUAGUAAAGAAGCUACUGCAGCGCCACAACAGUGUGUACAACAGGGUCGUGGAGCCGUCGGGAGAAAUGAUCGAGCGAUACAAGUCAUUGGUCCGUGAAGACACGAGCCUCGGUGCUGUGAAGUUUGACUGGCGCCAGCAGACAGUAGAGGAGUACUUCAUGACAAAGGAUGACACAAAGUUCCACCUGAUCCAUGCGAUACACGUUCUGUACCAUGUGGAAGACCUGCACGCCACCUUGCGGAACAUGUGGGAACAGCUAGCAGACGGUGGCUACAUGUUUGUUGCCAUGGAGUCAGAGGAAAAUGGUUGGGCAAAACUGUGGCACAAGCUGACGGAGACUUUCGUCCAAGGUGACCGUUUGAAGACGUCACUUCGUCAUUCGGGUGACGUCAAACAGUGUCUUGACGCAAUGGACAUCAGUUACGUCACGUCGGAGUAUGAAACAAGCGUCAACGUCACAGAGUGUGUUAAGGAAGACUCAGAGACAGGAUCGCUGCUUCUUGACUUCCUCGCUCAAACGCCUGACAUGUACAAUGAACCAGAAAUUAAAUCACUGGCUCUGGAACAUAUUCGAGGUAAUUGCUCGGUAAUUGAUGAUAAAAGUCUCCUCCAAUCAAUCGAAGAAAUCAUUGUUGCCUUCAAAAGGGGCUAAGAAGGGGAGUAACAUAAGUAAUCGAGCGUACUCGGUAAACGACCUUCCAGUCAUUGAGGGGUAACUGUCAUGCUUUAACAACACGUUUUGUUUAGUAACCGUCUUUAUGACCACUGUUUUACAUACGAAUUCGUAAUCUUAAUAAGUAUUUUAUUCAGCAAUGCAAACUUCUUAACACUUAUAAACUCUACUGUAAUAGAUUUUAUCAUGUGUGUGUGUAACUAGUGAUACAUGGUUUGUCAAGUUUCAUAAGAAAUAUGAAUUUUUCUGAUUCAUUUAAAUGUCCAAAGCUGGGGAACUUAUCCAUUAUAUAAGAAUAUAGGAAAUCUCUCUCAUUACUAUAUAACGUACAAUCAACUACGAAAUGAUACUCAUCCUCAAUCUUAUCUAAAUCGCAAAAUUGGCAAAUCCUUUGCUCUAGAGGAAUGCGGUUGUGUCUGCCUUUUUCUAUGUGGAGUUUGUGUGAACUUAUCCGGAGUUUUGUGAUGGCUGCUCUGUGUCGAACGUUUGUAAUUUUCAGAUAGUUUUCGUCGUGGUAGGUAUUUUUUAAUAAUCUGUAUGUCCGUAAUUUGUUGUUGCAUUUCUGAUAUGAAAGAUUGGAUAUACAUGUCCUUAAGGUUGAUGGAAGAUAUAAUUUGGGGCAAAUUAAAGGUAGAAGACAAGGACGAAUGCCAAACAUAGGCAAAACCGCUUUCCUCUAGUGUCUUACGAACACCAGCAGCCCAGCAUUUGGCACCUACCGCAUCUAAAUCAAAUUGGCAUUAUAUACCCAAUUCAUGCUGAUGUUCCAGUGUUCUUGCAGCACUGCAUUGUUUACAUAUUUCUUAUCCAAGUGCAUAAAUUUCAGUAAGUUGCAAUGGUAAUUAAGCUGUUUUUGAUAAUCAUUAAUUGAGACGUUUUCUUAAAAAUUGUCACUUAUGACAGGUAAAAUAAACAAGCAAAACCUACUUCAAAAGCACACCGUGUAUGUACGAGUAAUUACGUAAGUAUACAUUUCAGAACCAAUUUACAAAUGUACGUCAUAGCACUUACCAGAUAUGAGUCACUUCCAGUUUAUGGUAUAUACAGUGAGAGUAUGGAUGUUUUGGGCCUCUACUGGUCUAGUAGCCUCUACUGUAUUACUGUAUUACUUCUGUGGCCAAGAGCGUUUUGGGCCUCUACUGGUCUAGUAGCCUCUACCAGGCUUCGGGAGAGCACCAGCAUACCAACUCCCCCGGCAUGCUAUCUCUCUUAUUUGGCCGAUUUCUACUCUUUCCACCCGCCUCCCGAAGCCUUGUAGAGGCUACUGGUCUAGGUGCUAGGCCCAAGUCUAACUCUAAGGAUUUUUUCGUUUGUUUUAUUUUAACAAGGAGGUUUACAAUCGUGUUAGCCUGGUUACCAAACCUAUUAUAGCUCCCGAGUCCUACAGCCUUUCCGCAAAUAUUGUCUACAAUCGUGUAUGAACAGGGCACUGGAGUUCCGUAGUUACAUAUUGAUUAUUUUCCUGUUAUUCACAUUGUAGAUGAAAAUGAUAAGAUGCCUUGAUGAUAGGAUAUGUCAAUUUGAAUGUUUUUUUUAGAUUUGUAGCGCUACAGGUGAGUGAAUAUCACUGGUAGGAAAAUUGCAUUUUCUUUUUUCGUCAUGUAUUUUACCAACUCAGAUUAACUUUUUUUUGUUUUGUUUUCUUUUAAUGCCACGAUCAUGAUAAUGAUCAUUCUGGCAUAUUCCGUACUCAUUUUCACCUGAGCGAAGUGAGGAAAGUCGUGUAAAGUGCCUUUCCCAAGGGCACAAGGUUGGUGACAUGGUAGGAUUCGAACCCGGGACCUCUUGGUUCUGAGCCGAAUGCUCUGACGUUACGCCACACGACCCCGCGAUUCUACCACAUCCCCCUGGCGGUGCACCUGCCCAGUAAGUUACCGACCGUGCCUCCCACCACUGCACCCACGAACGGCAUGGGGAUAACCAUCUGGCCGAUACUCGCACCCAGCAUCGAACCCGCCCCAGAGCACACGGCCUGAGUGCCUCUCUUAACCACCAAUUUAGCACAAUCUUUCCGGUUAAUAGCCCCAUGCAAGAGCCUGUAAACUGCCUCUGAACUAUCCACAACGAAGGGUAUCCCUUCAAAUACCACAGUUAAAGCUCCGGCAGUACCAAUCGGGCUUUCCUUCAGGGGUUCAAAUAUGUACUGAAUAGCUUCAAAGCCCUUCUUCUUUACAGUUUCCUCGGCACCUUCUUUCAGUGCCCCGCUAAGCGCGACAUCUGUGAUCAUGUUUGGAUUGGACAUAACUAUCGAAGCACUAUCCAACGCAGUUUCCACUGCUUUACAUGUCACAACACCCCCCGUGUGUUUGACAAGAUCUAGCCCACUCAUUUUCUAUUCCAGCGGCUCUCUAUUCUGGAUACCAAAGUACUUGUUCGCCAGGCUCUGAGUCAAAUCU